AUGGAAAUCAUUGCCACGACAAGGAACACGUCCGGAGCGUCAACUUCCAACGCUACUCAUCCGACCGAGUGGAGCUUGGAGAGUUUCCUUCAGCAUCACCCAGCCAAGUUCAAUGGGAAGUGCCUCCCUGAUGAGGCCGAUCAGUGGCUACGUGACAUGGAAAGAAUAUAUAAUGCCAAGAGGUGUCCGGACGACAAUCGCUUGGCAUUCACUGAGUAUCUGAUGACUGGGGAAGCAAGUCAUUGGUGGACGAGCAUGAAGACGAUAUUAGCGGACGCUCAAAGUCCCGUUUCAUGGGAAGUAUUCAAAAGAAAGUUCUACGAAGAAUACUUCCCAGAUAGCGUUCGUUUUGCAAAGGAGGUGGAGUUUCUCCAGUUGGUACAAGGUGGCAUGUCGGUCUCUGAGUAUACCAACAAGUUCAAGCAUUUGGUUCGUUUUAAUACCAUGGCUACAAGCGAAGAAUGGUAG